AUGCCCAACACUCAAGCAACCGAUACCAGUGUCCACUUCAAUGACUGGCCGAAUGAACAAGGCUUCGACGCCAAUCAUGAGCAAAAAACUCCUAUUGAGCUAUCUGUGACCGGAAGUAUCCCACAUUAUGCAGCAGGAACCCUCUACAGAACGGGCCCAGGCCGGUACAAAGUCGACACAAAGCACGGAAACACAUUCCAAGUCUCACAUUGGUUCGACGGGUUCAGCCAAACUCAUCGAUUCCAGCUCGUCCCUCCAGAGAGCCCAGACUCAUCCAUGCGCGUAUUAUACAACUCCCGUUUCUCAACAGAUGACAUGAUAGAGUAUGCGCACGAAACAGGCUCCUUAGGUGACAGAUUUAGUUUCGGCGGAUUUAGCUCAGACCCAUGCGAGGCAAUAUACUCAAAAGUCCAAUCAACGUACGAGCCACGCCAUGACAGCCCUUCCUUUAUCAACACCGGGGUUACACUCUCUAUCAACAUGCCAGGGCUAGACUCUCCAUCCUCAUCGUCAAUUUCAAGCGCCAACGAGAAACUAAAUACAUCCAGUGGGGUCAAAACUCUAACCGCCAAAACAGACAAUUCAACGUACAAACAGCUCCACCCUUCUACCCUUGAGCCCCUAGCCCUAGCUACCCAGGGAAUCCUCCAUCCAGAGCUAACGGGGCCCCUCUCCGCAUCGCAUGCAAAAUCAGACCCUGAGACUGGAGAUGUAUACAACUACAACCUCUCUUUCUCCUCAGGGACACCUACAUACCGCGUGUUUCGUGUCUCCGCUGAGACAGGGGAAACGUCUAUCCUUGCUGCUUUUACCGCUGCACCAGCGUAUUUGCAUUCGUUUUUCCUGACGGGGGAUUACGUCGUUAUCUGUGUUUGGAAUGCGCACUUGUCCCCUGAGGGAUUUAUGAAGAAGCCGGGUUCAUACAUUGGGGCUAUUAAGGAGUUUGAUAACCAAAUUCCGGCGAAGUGGUACGUUGUUGAUCGGAGACAUGGAGGACUUGUUGCAGUUUAUGAAAGCCAGGCGUUCUUCUGCUUCCAUACCAUCAAUGCGUGGCAGGAGACAAGCAACCCAAGUGACUCCUCAACCUCACAACUAGACAUAGUCGCCGAGUGUAUUAUGUACGAAAAUCCCGAUAUUUUGCACAAGCUCUACUACGAGUAUCUUGUCUCUUCAUCAAGUGCAGGGCGCCUCGAGCCUAGUGCUGUGAAUAAUGGCGGAAAGAUGCAAACUCGCAUUGCGCGGUUCCGGUUACCUGCUAUACCCGUCUCCUCUCGUAGGGAAGGAGAAGAACCAGAGCCCCUAGCCCCGUUAAAAGCUAUCCUCGUCUCAACCGCUUGUCACGCGCUCUCCCCGGAACUUGCAACCCUAAACCCCUUCUAUAUCACACAUCCCCACCGAUAUACAUACGCCGUUACUGACCGGGGCCUGUCAACCUUUGUCGAUGGGAUAGUAAAGUUCGACUCCCUUACAGGCGAAACAAAACUCUGGUCUGAGCAUGCCCAAUCACCGGGGGAAGCGAUCUUUGUUGCGGAUCCGGAUGGCAAAGAAGAGGACGAUGGAGUCUUGCUUAGUGUUGUGUUGGAUGGGCGGAGCGGGAGGAGUUACUUGCUCGUCCUUGACGCUGGAAAUAUGAAGGAGAUUGGCAGGGCAAGUGUUAAUGCGGCUGUGGGUUUUGGGUUUCAUGGGGUGCAUGUUGCUGGAAAUGGGGUUGGCGGAGUGGAUUUUUGA